AUGUUUGCAUUCUAUUACGGCUCAGCGUUACCAAUUACUCCGCCCUUCAAAAUAAAAGCAAAAAACUUGGCAACGCAUCUUUAAAACAGCUGUUGUCUGUCACUCGUUUACGGUCGUUAUGAAACGGAUUGCUGAUAAAAGAGAAGUAAAUAAGAAAAUUUGCUGUUAUGAAUAAAAUUGUAAGCGUACGAUUACAUCAAACAAUCGUAUAAUUUAAAGUGAAAUAUUAACGCAUACAAAAGAUGUCAACAAAAGUGGUGGCUACAGCGACAGUGCGUGCACUGAAAGGACGCAAAUUGUUGCCGACAAGAGCAGCUCUUACACUGACAAAUUCCGCAGUAAACCGUAUUAAAGAAUUAUUGAAAGAUAAACCGGAGUGUACAGGUUUAAAGGUAGGAGUGCGGCAGCGCGGAUGCAAUGGGCUUUCCUACACGCUGGACUAUGCAAAAGAAAAAGAUAAAUUCGACGAAGAAGUAGUACAAGAUGGUGUCAAAGUGUUUAUUGAUAAGAAGGCUCAAUUGUCUCUACUCGGUACCGAAAUGGAUUUUGUCGAGUCCCAACUAUCCAGCGAGUUCGUUUUUAACAAUCCCAACAUAAAAGGUACGUGCGGAUGUGGCGAAUCAUUUAGCUUCUAAUUACUCGCAAUAAACUGACGGACAUUAUAGUAAUUUAAGCGAGCAGUUUAGAUUUCAUAACUUAUGAGCUCGUAUAUUACAAUAAACUCGAAAGAUUCGCAGCUCUACUAAACGCUCUUAAGCAUAAGUCUGCUUAAAAUUAGUUUACAAAUUUUGGUUAAGUACUAGUUGUGAUUAUGUUUGGUUUUCAAAUAAUUUGAAACAUAUGAAGAUAUUUAAAGAUGUUAGUUCUAUAAACAAUUAAAAAUAAAUAGCUGUUUUAAAGCUUCAAGCAGAAUA